AUGGCGCUGCCCAAGCGAAUCAUCAAGGAGACGGAACGCCUGAUGGCUGAACCAGUCAAGGGCAUCAGCGCCGUGCCGCACGAAGACAACCUCCGCUACUUCGAUGUCACCAUUGACGGCCCGGGCCAGUCUCCCUACGAAGGUGGAGUCUUCAAGCUGGAGCUCUUCCUCCCCGACGACUACCCCAUGACGCCCCCCAAGAUCCGCUUCCUCACCAAGAUUUACCACCCCAACAUCGACAGGCUGGGCCGUAUCUGCUUGGACGUCCUCAAGAGCAACUGGUCUCCGGCCCUCCAGAUCAGGACCAUCCUUCUCUCCAUCCAAGCUCUCCUGGGCGCCCCGAAUCCCGACGAUCCUCUCGCCAAUGACGUGGCUCAGAAGUGGAAGGAGGAUGAGAAGGGCGCCAUCGAGACAGCUCGCCAAUGGACCGAGCAAUAUGCGAAGCCGUAG